AUGCUUCGCCAGGUUAACAAAUUGAAGUUGUUUUGGAUAUUAUGUUGCCUCGGAGGAUUCUUAUACCAAGCUUGGUCCUUUCUAGAAAUAUAUUUAGCAUUCGAAACUGUGGUAGAUGUAGAGAUUUUUCAUCCCGAAUCUAUUGAGAUGCCGGCAUUUACUUUUUGUAGUUGGAACGGUAUACGAAAAUCAAAAUAUUGCGAAAAGUUUCCUGAUAGAUGCAAUGGAAACGAUACCAUUAUUAGCGUGUGCUCUACGUAUCCAUCUAUGUGCAAGUAUGGGGCUUCACAAAAUUUGCACCUAUCGAAGAGAAUAGCCGAAUACGAAAAAAUGGAACACGAAGCUUCUAGAGAGAUAAUGAAAGAGUUUGGACAUCAAAAAUCUAUCAUUAAUGAUUGCGAUUAUUCUUGGAAGAGUAAAACUUCUUGCAAGAAACUUCGUUAUCAAUACGGAGUGUCUUUCGAAGGACCGAGAAAUUGUUAUACUAGCAAUAGCAGAAUUUGGAAGAAUUUAACAGAACCAGAAAUGAUUCCCGUUCUUCAAGGAAGUAACGUGAAGAAUAAAUAUGCCAAGAUGAAUUAUUUCAUCUCGUUUGAUCCAGAAGAAUAUAUGGUACCCGAACGUCAAAUUGCCACACAAUUCGACAUUCAUCCAGCUGACGAAUUAGUUGACCCUUUUAGAACUGGCAUUAGUUUGUUUCCUGGAUAUAAUUAUCAAAUUUUAAUGAGUGUAUCAGAAAUUCAUCUUUUACCGUAUCCGUAUAACACUGAUUGCUUUAAUUAUACAAAAGACUAUUUAGAGAAGAAAGGAACUACACCUUGGAGAAGAAGUAUGUGCAUGGAGAAAUGUUACGUUGAUGUGUAUAUUAAAAAGUGUAACUGUGUCCCAACCGACAUGAAAUAUGUUCACGACACACAAUACUGUAAUUUCAGCUCUUAUGGCUGUACCGAAGAAUUUGACGUUACAGAAUGCUUGAAGAAAUGCAAAAAGGAUUGCAGAAUUAUAAAGUAUGAUUAUGAAGUUAAAAAGGUGCCAUUAUUACCUAUUGUGAAGUACUUUCUGACCGAUCCAGCUCUUAAAGGCUUACAUAAGUUCACAUACGUUACCGUUACACUGAAGCAAGAAGACGUUAUUGUUUUUAAUCACAAGCCGAAAUACGAGAAGAUCGAAUUAUUUAGUUACGUUGGUGGAUUCUUGGGAAUGUGGCUGGGAUUUUCUUUAGUUACAAUUAGUGAAGUGGUGAAACACUUCUUUGUUGCUAGAAAAUAUUUUAAACGUAACAACUCCAUGAAAUUAAUGAAACAUCGAACAAGAAUUUCUGUUAUUUAUCCUAAAGAUUAUAAAUUUUAA